ACGUACAGGUGAAUACAAGUGUCCAUGGAGUCCAGAAGGUGUCAUUGGAUCGGUCACCUGGAGCUGGAGUUAGCGGCUGUUGCAAGCUGCCCAACAGGGUACUGGAACUAGGGCCCUCUAGAAAAGCAGAUAAACUCUUAACCACUGAGCUCUCUCCUGCCCCACUAUUCUCUUUUUAAGACUCUUCUCAUAGGAGUCGAACUUUAACACACAAAGUCUGUAAGAAUCAAUUGCAACAGGUGGGAAGUUAAUAACACAUUGUACAUUUGGAAAACGCUUUGAUUAAAUCUGAAGUGCGGGGUGUCUCAGCAGUUGAGGGCAUCGGCUGCUGUUCUAGAGGAUGCAUGUUUGAUUCCCAGCAUCCAAAUGCCAGCUCGCAGCCAUCUUUAACUCCAGUUCCAGAUCCAAUGCCAUUUGCUGGCCUCGGUGGGCAGUGCAUGCCUGUAGGGCACAGGCAGACAGACAGACGUGCAAGCAAGACACCCAUACAGAGUUUUAACAGUUGAGAGUAAACCAUGAGUCUAGACGUAGUAACUGACAAUGGCUGGAUCUGACUCAUUGGCUCACAUUUCAUGCUUGUGCUAUAUAGAUCAAAUUAACAGUGACUAAAAACGAAAUGACUGACGAAGGCUGCUCCUGGACCAUCUGAGACAGUCCAAAUACUGACUUGGCUCAAAGAAAAUAAAACUGAAAACCCUUGAUCUCACCCCCAAGAACCAUGCUGCACCCUAUCUGAACCUUGGGCUCUCUCCCUACCAACCUACUCAAAACCACUACUGAGGAUGGUGCCCUACUGCUAAGAAAUAAACAACACACGGGGCCUUUCGGGUCACCUAAAUAGUAGUCAAGAUGGGACCACGCACGGUGCAGUUGACAAUCAGCUCAGUGAAGGUCCUGGGUUUGGUCCCAGCGUGGGGUUGGGGAGCGGACCUUUGAAAGACUGUUUCGGACCUCCCUGAUAUGGACUUAUCUUACACCAGCUGAGGAAAAGAUCAUACGCUCUUGCCCUUCGAUGGGGCCCAUUUUCUAAAGCAAAGUUACUUCCGAGUCAAUUUGCAUAAGGGGGUGUCCCUCUACAUCAUCUCACACCCUCAGCUGAAAACUAAAGGUUCGGCUUUUCUCCACGUGGGAAGAUCUGGGAGCACCCUUUCGGGGUACUGAACGCUCUUCGAGAUCUUGGUUUUGUGUGACGCUUUGACAGAUCCGGCAACGCCAGUUUUAUGUCAGACCAGGGAGUUCCCGAGCUGGGCCCUCGCUCUUAGGAAAGUCUCACAAACUUCUCCCUUCUUCAGCUCCCCAGACGAUGGCACCCUCGGGCUGCUCGGCGCCAGCACGGUCCUAGGGACCCACUGUGUUCUCCCGUCGGUUUCUUCAACCCCUCGUCUGAGGAAAUCUUGAGCUCGUUUCCUUUACCCGCUCUUCAUACAACCGUGCUGACCAGAGCUAGAGUGUGGGAACAUGGCACCCCAAGAUAGGUGCUAAACGCUCGGCGGCGGCAGCGCUCUGCGACUGCGCAGGCGCUGGGAGGCGGGGCUCCCCUUCCGCGCGCUCGCCCCGCCCCUCGCGCCAAGCCGGAACACGCAGGCGCUCUCGGGCGCAGCCGCCCCCGUGGUAGCCACGGACCGGUAGGGGGAAAUGCCCUCGGCGGUUUGCUUCGCUCUGUAGAGGAGCGAUGGGGAGGCGUUGGGCCCGGCCUGGGGUAGGAGGAAGCCCGGCUGUCUCCGCUAGUGCCUGAGCCGUGAUGCGCGUGUGGGCCCUCUUCUCCGCGGUGCUCUGGUCUCUCGUAGGAGUUGGAACGCAGCGUUCUUCCUUAUUCAGUAAGAAAGGCUUUGUGUAUGGCACGAUAGAACAGCCAGUGAAAAUAUACGUAAAGUUACAUCAUAAUAGCCCUGUCCUUAUUUGUAUGGAUAUUAAUCGUGCUAAUAAAGAAAUAGUGGACCCCGCCUACUUGUGGAUUGGGCCAAAUGAAAACACAUUACAAGGGAAUCGCCAAAUAAAUAUAACAAACACAGGAAAACUGGUGGUGAAAGACUUUAUAGAGUCAUUAUCUGGACUUUACACGUGCACUCUUUCCUAUAAGACUAUCAAAGCAGAAACCCAAGAGGAAACUACAAUAAAGAAGAGAUACGACUUUAUGAUCUUUGCCUAUCGGGAGCCUGAUUAUUCUUAUCACAUGGCUGUGCGUUUUACCACGAAAUCGUGUGUCGGAAGAUAUAAUGACCUGCUCUUUCGGGUGCUGAAGAAAAUCCUGGAUAAUUUAAUCUCUGAUUUGUUGUGCCAUGUCAUAGAACCAUCAUAUAAGUGCCAUUCUGUUAAAACUCCGGAGGGCGACUUCGUGUAUGAGCUAUUCAUAGCCUUUCAAGUGAAUCCUUUUGCACCAGGCUGGAAAAGUGUGUGCAACAACUCUUCUGACUGUGAAGAUGCCACUAACCGUAACAUCCUCAAGGCAAGAGAUCGGAUAGAAGAGUUUUUCCGGAGCCAGGCAUACAUUUUGCACCAUCACGUUAAUAAAACUAUACCAGCGAUGCACUUCGUGGACCACAGCUUUCAAGUAGUGCGCAUAGAUAACUGUCGGCCAGGCUUUGGGAAGAACGAAGGUCUGCACACCAAUUGUGCUAGCUGCUGCGUGGUCUGUAGUCCUGGUACAUUCAGUCCUGAUGCCGAUGUCACCUGUCAGAUCUGUGUUUCUGUCCAUACCUACGGAGCUAAGUCUUGCCCAUAAACUUCAAGCCCAGAGAUGAAAGCGUGGUUACUUGCCUCUGAAGGUGGAGACAGAUUUGUUCCCAUCUAAGAGCAUCAUAGACGCCUCCAUACAGUAAGAUCAGUAAGAGCAAGACUCUGGGAACGUGCGUUUAGAACAGAAGAGCUGACAUGGCACCGCUAAGAAGGGUUUGAUUCAGUACCGCCUGUGUGUGAGGGGAAGUUAGUGUUAGUGGAUGCUUGAAAUGAAAUAUGUUCUGUUGUCUAUAAACUAAAACGUGCUUUGUACCUGGUAUUAAGGUCAAAAAGAGAAGUGAAGUAUAAUAAAACAUUUCUAUUUUCCAUA